CUUACAUCGCCGUUCUCCUUCCUUCUGAAUAUGGUGAUUGAUAAUUAAAUAUGAAUUCAAAGUGGAAGGGUAUGAACUUGAAAUACGUUUUUUCUCAGCAGAUUAAUAUCUAACUGAUAUAUGGCAGUCGUGUCAUUGUCGACAAAUAACUAAUCCAGUGGAUUUCCCGCAUUAUACAUUGGAUUUGAAUUGGUUUCGAAAAAAGUAAGCAUCCAUAUGCAAAGCUCAAAAUGACAUCCAUUCCACAACGUCUCAGCGCGUCAAGCUCCCCACUCCAAGAAAUUCAGCAACCUUCAGCUCCUGUCGUCAGUAGCAAUGAAUCAACCAGUAGAUUGAGGCGUAACAAACCUCGUGAUACAAAGCUUCGUCAACAAAAAUUACCUGCAUGGCAGCCCAUACUAACUGCAUCAACAGUCAUACCAACAGUUUUUGGAAUUGGCAUUAUUUUUCUACCUAUUGGUGUCGCUUUAUUCUUAGCUAGUCAAGGAGUGAAAGAGUCGAUCACAGAUUAUACAUCGUGCAGUGCACCUUCACUUGAAGCUUGUGAAUUUGUGAUUAAGUUGAAUAGCGAUUUUCAGGGUGAUGUUUAUUUUUAUUAUGCAUUGGAUAAUUACUUUCAAAAUCAUCGGCGGUAUAUGAAAAGUCGCAGCGAUAGCCAGCUUUUGGGCGACCUUCAGAAUGUGGGCGAUUGUGAGCCAUACGCAUAUUUGAACACGUCAUCAGGCUUACAAAUUAUUGCUCCAUGUGGUGCAGUUGCCAAUUCUAUGUUUAAUGAUUCGUUCACUUUGUAUCGUAAUGGCAGUGGUGAUCCGGUGCCUUGGACAUAUAAAGGUGUUGUUUGGCCGGUUGAUAAGAACAGAAGAUAUAGGAAUCCACCUGGAAAUCUUCGGCAGGCUUUUGAGAAUACUGUGAAACCUCCUAACUGGCGAAAGGCAAUAUACGAAUUAGACCCAGAUGAUCCAGAUAAUAAUGGCUUUUUAAAUACCGAUUUUAUUGUAUGGAUGAGGACAGCAGCUCUACCAGAUUUUAGGAAAUUGUAUCGUAUUUUAGUUCGUUAUAAGAACUCAUUGUAUAAAAAUGGCUUGCCUGCUGGAACAUAUCAGCUCGUAAUCCAAAGUAAUUACCCAGUAACAGUGUUUGGUGGUAGGAAAUAUUUUAUAAUAAGUACAACAUCUUGGGCAGGUGGCAAAAAUGCAUUUUUGGGUAUUGCAUACAUCAUCGUUAGUGGCAUUUGUAUCCUGUUUGGUGCAGUUUUCCUGAUAAUACAUCUAAAAUUCGGCACAUCAUCAAAUGAAGCUGGGAGCAUCUCUCAAGUCUCACGGUAG